ACAUGGUGAGUUUUAUGGAAAAGAUAAAAAGCCAGCUGCCUUUGAUAAGACUGUUCUCCUGAUCAAGAAUGCUCACAAACUUUCAGCAGUGAAGUUGUUACAACAGAGACGGUUUGUGAAACUUAAGUAGCCAGGUAGAAUUAUUUUGUCAUAGGGUAAAGGUGUCUGCUGACAGCUUACAAGCCGUGCUGUCAAUUUGCUUUGUACUCAAACAAGCAAUCAGAGCUAAAAAUGGUGGUGAUUGAAAUGAAUUACAGAUCUAUGACAGCCCCGGUGGGGAUUGUCCGUUUCUUUGAGAUUUUUUUGUCCUGUACAGCAUUCAGCCUGGCAGCAUAUGUUCGGGCAUAUGGUGGCAACUAUGGGGCCUGGUGCAUGUUCACUUGGUGUUUCGUCUUUGUUGUCUCUGUGCUCAUCUUGAUCAUGGAACUGACUGGAGUCUGUAAAAAGCUGCCCAUCUCCUGGGAUGACUUCACAUCUGCAUUCUCCAUGUUAGCUGCUUUGAUGAUUUUGACUACUUCAAUAAUAUACCCUAUUAAGUUUCUCAGUGAUAUGAGUGGGACGCAUGGAGUGAAAUAUACCUAUAUAGCAUCUGCAACCGCUAUGUCCUGCCUCUGCUUUGUAGCCUACACUAUUGAAAUUGGACUUACACGGGCUAAACCAGGAGAACUUACUGGGCUGAUGGCUACUGUUCCAGGCCACCUCAAGGUACUAGAGGCAUAUGUAGCAUGCAUCAUUUUUGUAAGUGUGGAUGAAGGACACCUAUACGCUGUCAAUGCAGGACGGCAGUGGUCCAUGGCAGUCUACUGCCUCUGCUUCAUCGUCACUCUGCUCAUCAUUAUCUUAAGCAUCGGCAAUUUAAUACAUAGCAUGCCGUUCCCCUUUGAGAAGUUUUUGGUGGGCUAUAACAUUGCUGCUGUACUUCUAUAUGUUGUAAAUGCCAUAGUCUGGCCCAUUUUCUCUUUUGACAAGAAACUUGGAGGAAAUCAGCGUCAUAAAGACAGCCUAAUUAGCACCACUGUACUUACAUACAUAAACCUGGUGGCUUAUAUUAUUGACUUGGCAUACUCGACAAAGCUGGUGUUUUUCACAACCCAGUAGCUUUAUCAGUCAUGUUUCCUGAGGUAUGGUUUUAUAAGAGCAUUGCUUAACUGGACAUAUGGACAUACAAUUAUUUUAGGAAAUCUUUGUUACAAUUUAUUAUGUGUGUUGUCCUCUGUAAAGAUGAUGUGUCUACUCUGGCAUGUCUUAAUGUGUGGAAGAACUGACUUUGUGUACUAAUUACAACAUUGUCUGUAAACCUAUGGAAAUGUUGGGUAGUUGCUGAAAUUGCUUUGCAUAAACUAAUAUGUCCCCCUGCCAAAUAUUCAAGGUUAGAGUUCUUUUUCUAUUAAAUACAAGUCACUUUUUAUAAAAGUAAGUUUUUUCUUCUGAUACAUUUUUUAAAUACAUGCUUACAGUUUUGUCUUAGUCUGUUGCUAGAUAAGUGGCAAUUGUGACAGCUCUUUCACUUUAAGCGAGUCAGAGUCUAGAGCCGUAUAAAUUUAAUUAUUGUGAUACUGUCUUCUUAGAUUCUAGCGAAAAUCACAAAAGUAGCUGCACAAAGACUAUCAUUUGAAGAGGACUGUAGAAAAGUAGAGUGUGAUAAAAGGCAAUGGAUUUGUCAUUGCCUUGAAUAUGUAACUUUUCCACAAACACAUAUAGUUCCAAAUGAAAAGGAAGUAAGAGUGUGAUUGAAAGAUCACCUUAAUUGGCUUGUGGAAAUGACUGUCAUGCUAUCAGAUGGAGGCCAUGUUUGGGCAGUGCCUUUGUGGGCUUUGGAAAGAAUUAUAACUGUUCUGUUCACUUUUAAAGGAACUCAGGAAAUGUGCUAAUAUUACAGAUGCAUUUUAGUUUAGCUUUCAUUAGUGACCAGACCACCAACAGUCUGAUGUGAGGGUGAUAGCACUGUACUCAUGUAUGUAGCUGAGGGUAUCAUGGUGAGACUUUGAAAGAACAAGUGCCAGGGUUAAGGGGGAUGGAAUGAGUUACUUUUGGGUGUUCUGAGAAGCUGCUUGGCCAUUUAAGAGGCUGUCAGGAUGGAGAGGAUUUAGCCAGCAAAACCUAAUUGGAUCCAAGAAGUGGGAAGGGCAAACCAAACAAAUACAUGGGGCAAUCAAAUUAUUUGAUAUUUUUAAAAUAUGGCUAAUGAAAAUAAAGAAUAAAUAAAGAAAAUAAACUCACACUCCAAAUCAACUGUUUAGAUGUCCUCUAUCUGACACCACUAGAAUCCUUAGUCUCAUCCGUAGUUCGUGUGUGAUUUUGAAGUGAACUGCAUUUAUUUUUUGCAGUUAAACAUUUUUAGGGCUGUCCUCCCAAAAUGUUAAUAUUGCAUGUGAAAGUAUACAACUGCAUGUACAGAAUGAGAAGCUGUUUUUACUCCUGUGUUAGAUUCUUUUUAACCCACCUACUACAUUCUUUGCUCUUUGCCCCCCCCCCCCCCAACAUCUACCUCCUCCGUAUCAUUGAGCCCAGGUUAAAUGGUAAAAUUACAGACCUUUAUUCUACAUGGACUAACUUUCAUGGGUGUGGAGUACCUGUUGAAGGAAUAUGUUGAAAAGGUUAUCGUACGUGUACAAUUCUACAGAACUGCAGCAAACCAGCAAGGCCUAGGGUCAUUGUCAUUAGAUAAAUAUUAACCUGACAGUUCAUGGUACAAGAUCGUCUACAGUCUGACUCAAAUGUCAAGUUACAGCUUAGAAAAAACAUACUGAUAAUUUGCUUGAACAGAGGGUUACAGAAACCUAGUAUUCAGUAAAAGUCAGAACUAUGACUAUAGAAUGUUAUUUUUGAGAUGGCCACUUUAGCUUGCCAGUGUCAUGUAGUAAGGGCAUGUACAUGAAAAAUUCUGACAUAUGCUUUUCCUUAGAAGAUAGGGAGAUUAAACAGGUUGUCACACACAUCUGGAAAUAUAUGACGUAAGAGUCCCUGUGACUUAAGGACUGCCAUCAGUGUAGUCAGCUUGGAAAUGCAUUUGGUACUUACAUUAACAUACAGUCACAAAAAACAGAAAUACUAUUUCUAUAUUGGGAAAAGAACAACAUAUUGGGAUUUAUGGUAUGGGUUUAGGUGCCUUGUAAAAAUUUCAGUCGCUACUUGGUUUAUUUUGAUAUUCAGUUUUUUAUGUUGGUAAAUGAGUAUUUUGAAUAUAUUGGAUAUGGAAUUGUUUAUUGCCUGGUGAUUUGACUCUGGUCCAUUAUUAACUGCUUAUAAAAUCAUUGAUACACGUGACAUUUUAUAAUUAAACUGAUUUGCAAUGUGAUCAGGGAAUGAUAUUUGAAUAGCACUAGAUCAAUUAUUGAUUCUUUAGAACUGGUUCUUUAUGAUCCACUUCCAGAAAUGUUUCAUUUUUAGACUAUUAAAAUCGUAAAAAAAUUAGAGAUAUAGAUGAUUAGGAGUACAGGGGGCAUAUGAUCUAUUUACAUUGUUUUAAAUUUUACUCCAUUACUUAUACUGCAAAAUGCACUUCACUGUAAAUCACAGUUGCUUGUUGUAUGCUAUUGCUAACUGUUUCAAACAAAACAGCUUUGCAUUAAAUAAAAAGGGACCAUGGUUAAAAAGGUAAAGUGUGUCAGUGUAGCACAAAUAUUUGCUUCAAAACUUGUAAUACAUUUUGUAAUAAACUGCCAUAUUUCCUUGCUACACACAAUCAACCAGAGCUAUAUUAUCAGCAGGUUAAAAUGUUUUAAAAUUGUUCUAACAUAAGAUUAAUGGUGCUGCACUGUCUGGGGUUCUGUCUAUUACAAAUAAUGGGCCAGAUUCGAAAAGAGUUGCUGUCAGUGUAAGUCUGCCCUGAUUUAGAAAGACCUACUCUCAGUAUAAGUGACUUACUUUGGUGUAAGGCCCAUCUAUAAACAGGCUUACUGGGGUCCAGAUUCCAUAAGACUUGCUCUCAGCCUGCUCUCAGUGAGAACAAGUCUUUUGGAAUUGGGCCCAAUGUGCCUGUUGUAACAGAACAUGUGCAGUAAUUAAGAGUUUUAUAUAACAUUUCAGGAUUUCCGUGGAACAAUAGCACUCAACAUUUGCUUGCAUUGUUUGUGUUAUUACAGGCAGCUACGCAUUAAAGGGUAGUAACAUGAUCAUUUUGUUGUUUUUGGUUAAAUUAUGGUGAUGUCUUGCUUAAAGAAAGGGAGAUAAAACGAGUAUGUACAAUUCUACUCAUGAAACAAAACAAAACAAAAAUUUUCAAGAUAAUCUGAUAAAACUCCAUUAUCAUAGUUGUUUUUUAUGAAGUUUUCCAAAACAGAAGAAUAGAUCUAUGAAAAACUAAAAAAAUGAAAUAGUAAUAGAGGGUCAGGUAAAUAAUAUGAAGGACCCUAACUGGUGUUGUUUGUGCCACUGUAAUCCCUUUUUUCCUGUAUGAUGUCAGUUCUUCCAAAACAACAUAUGCAAGUUAUAUACAUCAGGCAUAACUUUUGUACAUUUGAACAUUUUCUGCAGUCUUGUCUCUUUCCCUACUGCUGUUUGUUGUGAAUUUGCAAGUCCUUCAGUAUGCAUGCAUCGCAAAUUGUGUGCCCUCUUAAGAAGCGACUUGAAAAAUGGUAAAUUAGAGAGAUUCAUUUUUAUUAUUUUUGGAAACAUUAAAACAAAUCUGUACAUAUGGAUUUGCCCUAAAUAUGUUACCACAAAUAACCUUACCACAGAAAUGUAUUCUUUAAAUGCUUUUUGCUAAUUUCAGUCCUUCAUUUACGGUGGUCCCUUAUUUCCCUUCUAGGUGGAUCAGUGUUGGGACAGCAGGAGUUGGUGCUAUCACAUUGCAGAUGUAAGGGUCCCUGUGUAUCCCAUGACACUCUACAUUCGAUGAAUAGAUGGGGGGUAUUUUGCAUUCGCAGUACAGGAUACUUAGUUAUGUGGGUGAGGGUCUUUUGUCUGCAUACCUGACUGCUAAAUCUCUGACCUUUAGGGAGUAUCUCCCAGAUGGAAGACAUAUGUAUUCCUCCUCCACCCCAUGCACUAAUGAAUGGUGCUAGUUCACGGGUGCUACUCCCUUAGUCAUCCCUCCAUCCUUUGCUGAACAUAUCAUAACUAGGACAUUGGAGGAAUUAAGACUUCUGGCAGUAUAAAUGAAUACCAUCAUGCUAUGAAAACAGGCUGGCACACAGCAAAAUACAAAUAGAACAAAAUGUAAGUAUUCCCAGUUUGUGGCACAAAAUAGCCACCUUGAUCUCCAAGCAUAUUGUUAAUGAGAUUAUACACAAAAUUAAGGAAUGAGAUAUCCAAGACUUGCAUUCCAUCUACUAUUUUCAGUGGUUUCUGCCUGUAUUCCUGUAGUCUUGCAAUUUUACAUUUUAUCUUGUCUCAAUCCCUUUAAGAUCUCAGUUUUUGUUCAGUGAGUGGUUUGCAAGGGUCUGACAGAGAAUAUGGUUCUAACAUUUCCCUUUUAAUUAAUUAAUAAUUCAUUACAAUUUACUGGUUUUAAUUUUAAUGCCUUUGUGCUUGAUGUCAGAGACUGGGACACCUAUGCUUCUUAGUAGGGUGCCUAGACAGGAGACUUUUUUCCUCUGAUUGCCCACUUCCACACUGGGAUACUUACAGAAUUCCAAAUCAGCCCUAAAAGUCCAUCAACAUCAGCAUAUCCUGAACAAGAACUUAUGCCAUUUUUAACCAUCCAAACAUUUGAAAAGAAGGCUGUUUUUAUAAGUUUUUCCCAUUACGUAAGCAGUAAAGGUACAACCAGGUAUGCACACGUCUAAUAUCAUUACUCCUAUUGAAAAUCAGGUAUUCUGUUGUGAUAAGUCUCAAACCAAGGCCCCUAGCAACUAUAGCAUAGUGCAUUAACCCACCAUGCCAUACAUUUUUUUAAGAACCCCUGCCAUGUUUUAAUCAGAAGGGAUUUACCUUUGUUCGAACCCCAUAGCCCAGACAUAAGUAAAUCCUAAUACAUACAUACGUGCAUACCUGGAAAGUGAUUAGUCAGUGUUGUUAAACAUUCUAUUUUUAAAAAAUAAAGGGGAGAAGAAAGUGAACAUUUUUUUCAGUCAUGUUUAACUUUUCCCUUGAGUCUUGUAGACUAAGAACACAAGUAGUGCAGAUGGUGGUGUUCUGUUCUGUAACAAAUUAAAUAAACUGAAUAAAAGCCUUUAACAUUUUGAUGAAUGCAGGGAUGUGACAGGACAAAAAUGAAAUGAAAACCUAGGGUUGAAAUUACCACACAUUAAAAAUGACUCUUGGGUAUCACAGCCCAAUUUAACACAUUAGCCGCACAAAUAAGUUCAGUACAGCAUUCUUUGCAAAAAAAUGCGGCUGGUUAUGUAAAAUGAGAUAUUCUAAUGCAGACACUUGCUGCAUUAUUAAACAUACAAUACUUAAAUAAAGCCAAACAGUGGGAGAUCUAUUUUACACAGGGGUUAGCCAAGUUAUAGAACAGUCUCAUAUCAUGUAUAUAGCUUUGUAUGAAUAUAAACUUCUAUAAAACUCACUUUGUCAGUUUGUAGGCUAAAUCUGAAUAACAAACUAUGUACAAUAAAAUUUUCAGUCACA